GUACAUCCUUAUUCUGCAUAAUUGUAUGUCUUAUAAUUUUGGCUUUUAUUAGAUAUUUUAUAAUGGAUUGUUUCUCUUUUUCAUUCAUAAUGUCAUAUUUUAUAUAGUAUGGCAUUUUUGAAGUACCUGAUAUAGAUAUCGGCAAUAUUAAUAACAAUAUGAUGGAAGAUGAUGACGAAAGUUUAGAAGCUGAAUUAGCUGCUUUGACAGCUGGUAAUGAUACAGGUUACAAAAGCAGACGCAGUGCUGCACGCAAAACUGCUACUGAUGAAAAUUUGGAUGCAAUGAUAUCUGAUUGUAUGAAGGAUACAAAUUCUGAUGACGAACCAUCUGAAGGAGAUGAUGAUCCUGCAUUAUUGAAAGAGUUACAGAUGCUCACAGGAAAUGAAACUGAAGAAAAGACAGAAACGCCAGAAUUAAUGGAAGAAGAACAAGCAGAACAUGAAUCUACUGAAACUAAAGAGGAAAAUAAUUCUGUGCAAGAACUAAUCAAAUUAUUGCAAGAAAGACUAAAAAUUUAUGAGAUAGCUGAGGAAAAGGCAAAAAGAAACAAUGAGACUGGUAGGGCUAGAAGAUAUAACAGAGGUGUAAAAACAUUGAAGGAAAUGUUGGUUUACAUACAAUCAGGUAAAAGUGUAAAUGAAGCUGACAUUCCUCCAGCCUUGCCUUCUUCAGCUACUGCCGAAUCUACUGUUGAAAAUAUAGAAGAAAAAACACCGUUACCAGUGGAAACAGUUAGUGAAACAGUUGCAACAUCAAAUGUCUCAAAUGAUGAUAAUUCUCCUGAACCAGUGGCAGUCACAGUUGAUCAAGAAGCUUUGGAUAAAUUAAAAAAUCAGCAACAAAAAUAUAAGACUGCAGCAAUCGCUUGGAAGAGAGCGGGCAACAAAGAACAAGCAUUAGAAUAUGUGAAAACUAUAAAACAAUUCGAUAUAGUUAUUGCUGCAGUUGCUGCAGGUGAAAAGCUUGAUUUAUCAGAUAUGCCACCUACUCCAAUUCUACCUUCUCCAACUAAUCCUGCAGCAUCAGCUACAAAAGAAGAAAGUGAAGUUCAACAGCAAGCUUCUACAGAUGGCCCAGCAAAGUGUGGUCCCGAGAAUAUCGAAGGUGCCCUAAAGGAACGUCUGGAGGUAUAUAGAAGAACAAAAGUAACUGCCGAAAAUGAGGGUAACACAUCUAAAGCACGGAGAUAUGGUAGAAUUUGCAAACAAUUCGAAGAUGCUAUUAAAUUAUAUACGCAUGGGAAGGUAGUAUUGUUGGAUGAACUUCCCGUUCCGCCUGGUUUUCCACCACUAUCAUUGAAUCCGCAAAAUAACGAUACUGUUGUGCAACCUACAUCCGAACCUGAAUCAUCUGAAAAUAAUACUGUAAAGAAACCUGCGGAACCAAAACCACCUAUUCCCCCUCCUAGAACAGGUAAAAAAAACGUUGUUUGCAGAUGCUCGCUGAAUCCCAUCCUGUGUUGCACUCAUCCCAGAGGUUUCUUCCGAAGUGAUAGCCUGCUUGGUACAGUAAUGGUCAAGUUACAACCGCUAGAGUCUCAGUGCACUUUACAUGAUUCUUUUCCACUUAUGGAUGGCAGAAAAGCAACGGGAGGAAAACUGGAGUUAAAAGUCCGUCUUAGAAAUCCUAUUCUUUUUAAGCAAAUUGAGAAUAUCACAGAUAAAUGGCUAACUAUUGAUCAAUAAUUCAAUUUACUUCGCCGAAAAUUUACUUUGCUAUUGAUGUAUUAUGAAGCUUUUGAAAACAGGACGUCAAAAAUAAGAUACUGUUUUUCAAUAUUGUAUAUUAAUAAUAAUACAAGUAAGAUAAAAACAAUGUAUAUGUUU